AGCAGCUCGGAGGAAACCUCUCCUAGGAGCAGUCUGUGGAUGCUGCGUUCACACGAGCUGCGCAACUGGAAUGAGGAGACGCGCCAGAAAAAGUUUUUAACAAGACGCAGAUUUCAGGUAAAGCGGAUUUGUUUGCAGUGGGAUGCUGCUGCUCUGCGUUCACAGCUGACGAGGAUGAGAUUUUCCAGGAUGCACAGGUUGUUGUUGCCAAAGUUAGGCCUGCUUGUUUGUUUUCACAGCUGUAUCUCAGCCUUUACAUUGGAAUCCAGAACCUUGACCUAUGAUGAGUUCUAUUAUGAGUAUGUGCCUGAUCGCCUGCAGUGGAGCAGUGCAGGGGAAGUGUGUAACCAGCGAUCUGGGGCCUUGGCUGCAGUCACCAACUCAGAAGAGAAACAAAACCUAACCAACUUCUUGAAGUCUCUGACAAUCUCUGAACCUGUCUGGAUUGACAGGAAAGUCUUGACUUAUCUGACGAGCUCUUCUGACACCCUGAUUCUGGAGUUCAGCGGGCGCUCGGACAGAAAGCACGCCCGUCUCCUGCACAAGUUCUCCUCCAUGGGUUCAGUGACUGUUUGCACCCGUCUACGCUUCGAUCCCAACUGCUUUGGAAUUUCUACCAUCUUCUCUUAUUCCAUCCAGUCAUAUAUUAAUGAGUUCCAGCUCCGAGCGAACGUGAUCCAGGGAAAGCCUGUGCAGCUGGCUCUGAUGGUCCACGGCAUUCAUGGGCCUUACCAGGAAGCCUUUGACCAUGACGACUCCUGGCACUCAGUUUGUGUUUAUUGGACCCAGAAUGGUGGACGCUGGGCACUGUAUACUCAUGACCUUGGAUUCUUCCGGGGUGAUGGCCUAAACAGCUCUGACAGCAUUGGUCCUGAUGGCCUUUUCAUUAUUGGACAAGAGCAGGACACGUUUGGGGGCUCAUUUAAGAAGGAUGAGUCAUUCUCAGGGAGCAUCACUGAGCUGCACAUUUGGGAUCGGGUACUGAAUAGCAGCGAAAUCUUAACCAUGGAAAAAGAGUGCUCGCUCAUUUCCUCUGGGCUGGUGUUCAAGUGGAGCAGAGCAGCCAUGGAAAUAGAGUCCUCCCUUACAAAGCGGUGGAGAGACAGCCCGUGUCAAGGUAACUUCACUGUGUUAUCGCAUCCGCUCUUGGAGGAUGGAAAUUCUCUAGAGAAUCAAACAUUCCCCUUUGAGUUGUUCCACAGUUCUCAGUCUGAUGUGGAGUGUGGCAUCUUUGACCCUGUUAUGGAGGACUGGAGGCUGACCAAGUGCGACUCAAUCAGAGGGGCUGUCUGCCAGUUUAGGAAAGAAGUGCUGGAGGUUUUCAGUUUACCGAAGACACCAUUCUUCAGCAAACUCGGCAAGAAUCCUCUGACUAAACACGUGAUUGAGGAGCUGAGCAUCAACACUUCCUGGGGCAGAGAUCUGACCUCGCUGCAGCAGCUGUCGCAGGUCGUCCUGCAAACCGUGGAGGCCGGUGACCCAAACGUCCUCUCCUCCAGUGACGUCCUCUUCCUCUCCCAGAUGAUUGAGAUGGACCUAACUGCAGCAGCUAGUACUCACUCAGCUGGACAUGAUGCAGCAGAGGUCAUGGUCUCCAUUACUACGAACUAUGUGAAGGCAGCAAGUGUGAUGCUGGAGCCCAGCAUGGCCACACAGUGGAUGGGUCUGACGGAGGAUGGGGUCAGCGUGGGGCCAUUUACUAUUGUAAAGAGCAUUGACGGUCUCACCGAAGCUCUUGCAGACAUGUUGUCUGCUGAGAGAAGAGGCUUCACUCUUUCUACCAAGAACAUCGAUGUGUUCAUGAAAUGGCAAAAGUUAACUGAAGAUCACGAUCGUCAAGUCUUCAAACCAUCUGUCGUCAGCUCCAGCACCACGAGCAGCAGUGGUCAGGAUGAGCUGAUGAUCCCUGACACUGAGCUCCAGAGGAUACACACCCUUGGAAAUGAGGAAGUGGUGUUUAUUCAUACCCACUACAGCCAUCUGAGUGAGAUUGAGUCUGGAGCACAGGAACCUCCAGUGAGUCAGCAAGAGAAAAAUCAAAGAGUGCCCUCAGGUCACCUGGCUUCUGCUGUCAUAUCAGCUUCCAUUCGUGAUCCCUCCAAGGCCCAAACCAUCCCUGUGGCUGUCCAGUACACCCUCUCUUCAUCGCACGUGGUGGAGUAUUCACAGAGAGUAUCUCCUGUUUGUGCCUUUUGGAAUUUCAGCUUGAUGCACACUCAUACCACUAGCUGGUCCAGUGUUGGCUGCAGGGUGACCUAUGCUGGCUCUGGUGUCACUUCCUGUCUAUGUAACCACACCACCAAUUUUGCAGUGUUGAUGAAUUACCUGGAGUCGAAGUGGACUCCUGAGGAAGAGCUUAUUUUAACCAAGCUGACAUUCAUCGGCUCUGGUGCGUCUCUGUGUGCGCUCGUGGUGACCUUGAUGCUGUUCACUGUGCUGGAUAUCCCCAAAUCUGAUAGGACGUCCAUUCACAAGAACCUGUUCAUUGCUCUGAUCUGUGCCCAGGUGAUUCUGCUGUGCAGCAGCUCAGCCAUUCACAACAAGGUGGCGUGUACACUUGUGGCGGCGCUGCUUCAUCUCUUCUUCAUGGCGGCAUUUAGCUGGAUGCUGGUGGAGGGUCUGCUGCUCUGGAGCAAGGUGGUGGCGGUCAACCUAAGCGAAGAUCGACACAUGAAAUAUUACUAUCUCAUCGGCUGGGGUCUACCGGUGCUGAUAGUCACCAUCACGCUGGCAUCGGCCUCGGGCAAAUACUCUGCCGACGGCUACUGUUGGCUCAGUGUCCAGAACGGAGUUAUCUGGGGUUUUGCUGGGCCAGUCAUCUUCAUCAUCAUGGUGAAUAUCUUGAUACUGUCGAGGGUGGUGAUCAUCACAAUCUCCACAGCCAAGAGAAGGUCCAUCAUGUUGGCCAUGGGCACCAGUCCUGUGGAACAAGCCUACGAGCAGAUCAGGGCUGCAGUGAAAGCAGUGCUGGUGUUGCUUCCCAUCCUUGGAUUAACAUGGCUCUGUGGCGUCUUGGUGCCUUUCUCCAUUGUCAUGGCCUACAUCUUCAUCCUCCUCAACUCCCUACAGGGCCUUUUCAUCUUCCUGAUAUAUGGGGUGUACAACACAGAGGUUCGCAGCACGGUCAACAGGAUCAAGGAGAGGAGAAAAGCGCUUAAUUUUUCAAACUGUGCCAGUUCUCGACCAUCCAGCUCGGUCACCAGCUCUCGUCCUGUUAGUUUCCCACUUGGAACGACCCCAAGCCAGGAGGAGGAGACCACCAAUACCUACAUGCCAGACCCAGGCAAGGACGAAGAGAGGACCACAGAGGUUGGAAGUGUGGACAGGCUUGACAAGGAUCCUCCUCCCUCAGAAACGGAUGACUCCUUGCCAGCUGGUUGUAGUCUUCAUGUUCCCAUGGAGCUGGAGUUCACGACUUCCUGUUUCCCUCGCAGCCCUGCGCCUCAGAAAAGCCACGGCCUUGUCUACGUGGAUUGA